UUUUGUUUUGCGUGAUAUAACAAGCAUGUGCCUGAUUUUUAACAUAUUGACCACAUUGAAUUGAAAUAAUGUUUAUUUUGAUGUGGCUGGAGGAAGAAAUUGACAACUAAAUAUGCUUAUCACUAAUUAUGUAGUCUUCUAAGUUCUACAAGUUGUGAUUCUUCACAGUGAUGACAAUUGACAAGUAAUGGAAUUCACCUCCCACCUCUCACCUAUAUUGCCACCCUCACCAGGCCCCUGGGAAAUAAGCAAUAAAUAUUUCUCUAGCUUAUUCGUUCAAAUCCAACAAUGGCAUCUACUGACCCUCAAUUGCCUGGAGACAUUGUUGAGAUUCGGACUGUUGCGAUGACACCUGACAACAGAGCAAGUGAUGGAACAGAAACCAGCACCAGUCCAGGAUCAGCAAGAUCCACCUCUUCAUCUGGGAUUGGCAGCAGUUCACCAUCUUCUCCAGCAACUGCACCAUCACCAGGUGUCUCUUCUGCACCGUCACCAGGUGUCCCAUCAGCCUCACCACUGGUCCUGGUUGGUGCCCUGAGAGCUGAGCUGGAACCUCUGGGUUUCGAGUGCCAUCCACUCCUCAUUGGCUGGUACAAUGAGCAGGUCAGCCCGGGCUUCCACCUCCCCCAUCCGCACGACACUCUCGCCGUGGUCGUCAUCAGCACCCCGGACAUGUUCGAGCGCUGCUUCAUACCGCACGUGCGCCGCGUCGGGCAGGAGCCCGCGUCGCGCCGCGAUCCGCUCGACACGUGCAUGCGCCACGUGAUCGGUCAGGCGGCGAGGCACGUCCACGAGUCAGCACGUGUGCUCCACGACUUUGAGCUGGGCCCGACGCGCCGGCCGCGCGUGCUGGUGCAGACCGCUGGCCAUGUGAGCGGCGCAGUGCGCCUGUACCGCCGCGGGGAGCUCAAGGAGGACCCGUGGCCCAAGAAGGGCGCCAUGAUGGGCGUCUGCCUGCACCCCAAGUUCGGAGGCUGGUUCGCGCUGCGUGCUGUCGUCGUACUGGAGGGAGUGGAGGCCCCCGACCUGGAGCAGCCACAGCCACCGGAAAUCCUGACCACGGACCAGCAGAAGCGCGAGGUCCUUGAGCAGUUCAACUGGCACUGGCGGGACGGGCGGUACCGAGAGUUUGGCUCUCCACAGCAGCGCUACUCGACUCUACAGAGGGAGUACUUCCUCACCCCGCCGGGAGAGAGGGGACCCAUCGUGGAGAGAAUCGCUCGGGGAGAACUGCCCUGUGGGAGUGGGGAGACGGUACCCGGGGAUGGGAAGACCUCGGACGUAGGUGGGAAAGCGUAG